GUCGAGUAAACAAGAUGAGUGACGUCUGGGUGCACUGAUCAGCGGGCCUCAUUUCCCCUGAUCCCUCAGUGUUUCAGUGUUACUCUGGGUGACAGACAUGAAGCCUAAGCUGCUGUUCCUGCUGCUGGCACUGCUGCAAACCGGCCACUCCGCAGACGAGUCUUGCAUUGAUCGAUGUGAUAUCGGCUUCGAUGCAACCAAACAAUGCCAGUGUGACUCCUUAUGCAAGUACUACAGAAGCUGCUGCAAUGAUUAUGAGUCACUGUGUGACAAUUUGACUCGUGGAGACACUUUCCCGUCUUUCCCUGAGGAUGAGGAGAACAGCACGGCCAUGGCACCUACACACAGUGCCGAGAACAUAAACGCAAUGACCCUGCCUCCACCUCGUACCAAACAUCCAACUUUAUUCACUACAGCUCCACCAACCUCAGACCCUGACGCUGAGGUGUGCAGCGGCAGGCCAUUUAAUUCCUUCAUGCAACUCAAAAAUGGUUCACUCUAUGCCUUCAGGGGAAAGUAUUUCUUUGAACUGGAUGAGAGGUCAGUGUUGCCAGGUUAUCCAAAACUCAUUGAAGACUUUUGGGGGAUAAAAGGGCCUAUAGAUGCAGCAUUUACACGCAUAAACUGCCAAGGAAAAACAUACAUCUUCAAGGGGAGCAAGUACUGGAGGUUCGACAAUGGAGUCUUGGAUGAAGAUUUCCCAAGAGAUAUCUCUGUUGGAUUUGAAAGAAUCCCAGAUCACUUAGAUGCUGCCUUUGCUAUCCCUGCUCACAACCACAAUGGCAAAGAGAAGGUCUACUUCUUUAAAGGUGACCGUUAUUAUCAGUAUGAGUUUAAGCACCAGCCGUCCCAUGAGGAGUGCAUUCAGAUGUCCAGGAUCUUCCCCUCUGCGCUCUUCAGAAGAUAUACAGAUUUAUAUUAUGAUCGCUGGGCAGAGCACUUCAGCCAGCUCUUCAGUGGAUUUGAAAGCCAACAUGACACCAAUCAUUUCAUUAAUAAAGACUGGAUUGGUAUCAAAUCGCCAGUGGAUGCAGUGCUGGCUGGAAGACUGUAUGUCUCACCUAGACAUUUACAACGGCCCAGUAGGAGGCGGCAGGAUCAACUGGGAGGUCAACAUCGGAGUCAACAAUGGAACCAACAGCUGAUCCAACAGUGGAACCAACACUGGAACCAACAGGGAGACAAACAAUGGAACCAAGACUGGAACCAACAGUGGGACCAGCAGUGGAACCAGCAGCAGUGGAGCUCGCACCGUAGACAGAACCGAUCUCCUUUCUGGGACACUAUGGCUGAGAGAGGUGUAAGUAUCAGGCAGGAAUUUAGCCAGAGGUUUGGCCAGGACAACUGGAGAGAUCAGGACAGACGUAGGAAUGGUUAUCAACAGCAGUAUGACAAGGAUUAUGACUACAGAUACAACCCUUCUGAGGAUGCAAUAUUCAACCGAAUUCGCUGGAGCCGGCCACUACAGAGUGUCUACUUCUUUAAAGGAGAUCAGUACUACAGAUUCAAUUUACAGACCAAGAGAGUCGACUAUGCCAUUCCUUCGUACCCCAGACCGAUAGGCAAAUACUGGCUGGGCUGCAGAGACAGACCAGGAGCAGAGAAGAGAUAAGUCUAUGGAUGUAGUUCAACAGAUCUUGUACUUAGUGCCUGAGACGAUAAAUAUGUACCAUUUUAUAACAUGUAAUUAAUGUAAAGCAUAGCAUAUUUUGUAGAACAUCAUCAGUACAAUUUCACUAAGUAAGUCACCAAUUUCUAAAUCCAAGUUUAACUAAUUCAUAUGCAAUUUUUUGUAGAGUUAUCAUAAAAAAUGGAACAGAAUUGUUCAAAUUCUGAUCACACAUGGUGUAAAAAGGUCAAACUGUAUUCAUAGUUAAUCUCUACUAAUAUAUUAGAAGUGCUGUAAAUAUGUUUGUCCAUCUGUGAAUAUGAAUAUGGUUCUGUGAUUUGCAGUGAAAUAUUCAUUUCAUUUAACCUGGUGAGAGAAUCAUUUGUCAAUAAUCACUUUGGCUCUGUAGUAAAGUCACUUAAAGAUUAAAUGAUUAAAAUAAUAAAACCAA